AUGUCCUUCAACAAUAUAUUAAAUCUCAGCUCCUCUGUGUUUCAAGACCUCAAGAACCUUGUCAAUCUGUCUCUAAAUAAUAACUAGCUGAUUAAGCUCCCUCUACUUAUUUUCUCAUCUCUCUCCAAUCAUAUUACGGCAGAACUACCUGAACAACUUCUCUGUGGUGGCAGAAUCUGUGACUCACUUACCGAAGCUGACACAACUAGGCCUGUGCAAUAACUAUUUAAUGUCCCUCCAGCAUUCUAACCAUAAAGACGUACUGGAGUCCCUCACCACCCUCUAUCUCUGUAAAAACAAACUGCUCACUUUAGAAUUGGAGUGGGGCUUCCUUAGCCAUAUACAAUGCAUUUGGAAAGUAUUCAGACCCCUUGACUUUUUCCACAUUUUUUUACAUUACAGACCUAUUCUAAAAUUGAUUAAAUUAUUUAUCCCCUCAUCAAUCUACACACAAUACCCCAUAAUGACAAAGUGAAAACAGGUUUUUAGAUAUUUUAGCAAAUGUAAUAAAAAUAAAAAACAGAAAUAUCUUAUUUACAUAAGUAUUCAGACCCUUUGCUAUGAGACUUGAAAUUGAGCUCAGGUGCAUCCUGUUUCCAUUGAUCAUCCUUGAGAUGUUUCUACAACUUGAUUGGAGUCCACCUGUGGUAAAUUCAAUAGAUUGAACAUGAUUUGGAAAGGCACACACCUGUCUAUAUAAGGUCCCAUAGUUGACAGUGAAUGUCAGAGCAAAAACCAAGCCAUGAAGUCGAAGGGAUUAUCCCUAGAGCUCCGAGACAGGAUUGUGUCGAGGCACAGAUCUGGGGAAGGGUACGAAAAAAUGUCUGCAGCAUUGAAGGUCCCCAAGAGUACAGAGAUAUCCUUGAUGAAAACCUGCUCCAGAGCGCUCAGCACCUCAGACUGGGGCGAAGGUUCACCUUCCAACAGGACAAUGACCCUAAGCACACAGCCAAGAUAACACAGGAGUAGCUUCAGGACAAGUCUCUGAAUGUCCUUGAGUGGCCCAGCCAGAGCCCGGACUUGAACUCGAUCGAACAUCUCUGGAGAGACCUGAAAAUAGCAUAGACUUCUCUGGUAUGGGGUUGAAGACUCACAAUCUGCUCAUGGAGUUAUGCAACCUUUUGAGUACAAAGGUCACAUUUGUUAAAAAGGUGAGUCUGCGAAGCAAUGGGAUUCUGUCAUUGUGGAAGAACACACUUUCCAACUGUCCACCAAUCCGAGGUUUAUUGGACUUUUCCUUUAACAAAUUGAGGAAGGUAAGCUGCCUCCACUUUCUCAAAGGACAGAAUCAAAUCACCAACUUCAGAGCAGAGAAAAGCCACCUCACCUCCCUAAUGUCCUGCAACAGACAGAAUCUCUCUUUCCCGAAUCUGACAGACCUGAACUACCGUUACAAUCGCACACUCAAAGUCAACUCUUUUGCUUUCCACCACACCACACACAAAUGUGAAGACCCUACAACUCAACAUAAACAUAAUCGCCUAUCUUGACCAUAAGGCUUUCAAUGGGCUGACUAGUCUUGUCACACUGGGUUUGGACAAUAACCUCCUGACAGAUCUGUGCAACGAUGGCUUUGAAGAUCUGCAGAGCCUGGAAAUACUUAACCUACAUAACAAUCAGAUAGCUGCAUAGUCACUUUAACUCUACCCACAUGUACAUAUUACCUCGACCAACCUGUGCCCCCGGACAUUGACUCUGUACCGGUACCCCCUAUAUAUAGCCUUCCUACUGUUAUUUUAUUUUACUGCUGCUCUUUAAUUAUUAUUAUUUCUUUAUUUUUGCAUAUCUAUUUUUUACUUAACACUUAUUUUUCUUAAAACUGCAUUGUUGGGUAAGGGUUUGUAACUAAGCAUUUCACUGUAAAUCAAAUCAAAUAAAAUUUUAUUGGUCACAUGCGCCGAAUACAACAGGUGCAGACAUUACAGUGAAAUGCUUACUUACAGCCCUUAACCAACAGUGCAUUUAUUUUUAACAAAAAAAGUAAAAAUAAAACAACAACAAAAAAAGUGUUGAGAAAAAAAGAGCAGAAGUAAAAUAAAAUAACAGUAGGGAGGCUAUAUAUACAGGGGGGUACCGGUGCAGAGUCAAUGUGCGGGGGCACCGGCUAGUUGAGAUAGUUGAAGUAAUAUGUACAUGUGGGUAGAGUUAAAGUGACUAUGCAUAAAUAAUAGUCUGUUGUAUUCGGCGCAUGUGGCAAAUAACAUUUGAUUUGAUUUGUUAUUUUCAACUAGAUUUUCCAUUCACUCAAACACGUGAACAUUUUGGAUCUAGUAGGGAACAAAAUCACAAAUUUUGAAGAGUCAGCCUUUGUGGGGCUCGAUAACCUGGCCAAAUUUAACCUAAACGGCAACAAUUUCAAACAGAUCGACUGCGCCAAAUUUAAACCAUUCCAUGCCACUCUUGAAGUGCUUGAUCUACAUGGUAAUCAGGUUAGGUUCUCCUCUAAACUCUCCUUUUGUGAAUCUAACCAAACUUUGCAACCUCAAACUAGACCUGCAGAUGCCCCACGGCCUCAAUGUUUUGCCUUAUGCUUUUUUCCGUGGCCUCAGCUCCCUCCAAUCGCUCAACGUCAUGGACAAUCACAUCUUCUGUUUCGCAGCAGACACUUUUGACGAUCUGACCAACUUGACUUUCCUCUCCUUGGACAACUCCUAUGCCGGGGUGAUGUGGCUGCAAGCUCAGUGCAAGGAACAUGGGCAUCCAGUCCUUCUCAAUGGAGGUUUUCGGGAAUCUGACAAAGCUGAAGAUCUUGCUUCUCAACCAAAACUUAAUGUAAUCCUUAGAUGUGAAUGUGCUAGAGGCUCUCCCCAAACUGAGCUACCUGGACGUGCGCAACAUUCCUCUUAGCUGCACCUGCCUCAACAGCGACCUGCAGAACUGGACUUUGACAAACCAGAGAGUCCAGUUAGUCUUACUAUACAGUCUACAGUGCCAAGAUUAAAAACUCCCCAAAAACUUCUACAACUUCGACACCAACGUUUGCUAUCUGGACCUGGGAGAGUACCUUUUUGCCACCACAACCACUGUGAUUUUACUGCUGACUAUAAUACCGCUUCUCUACAACAAGCUGUAUUGGAAACUAAAGUACAGUUACUAUGUGUUCCGCUCCUGGUUCGGCCAACACUGGCACAGGCUGAGGGAGAAAGAGGAGCACUGCAAAUAUGAUGCUUUCAUCGCCUAUAACUCGGUGGACGAGCCCUGGGUACUAGACCAGCUACUUCCCAACCUGGAGGGCAACGGAGCCUCUUUCCGGGUGUGCCUGCACCACCGUGACUUUGAGCUGGGCCGCAACAUUGUGGACAACAUCAUCUCCUCCAUGUACAGCAGCCGCAAAACCAUCUGCGUGGUUAGUAGGCACUUCCUGCACAGCGACUGGUGCUCCCUGGAGAUCCAGCUGGCCAGCUACAGGCUCUUCCACGAGCUCUGGGACGUGCUCCUGCUAAUCUUCCUGGAGCCCAUCCCUGAAAGGAAGCUGUUGGCUUACCACCGUAUGAGACAGGUCAUGUUGAAGAAGACCUACCUGCAGUGGCCGGGGGUCAGACUGCACCGACCCGGUCAAAGCCCAGGAACUGUUUUGGAAUCAUCUGAGGAGGGCGCUGAGGAACGGGAGCAGCAGGUUUGA